UGACGUGGUAGUGAUGCAAUGCAUAGUAGUGUACAGUAUGCACCUCUGAAAGAUUACUAUAUGUUGAUAUAGCAGUAUCUAUAUAACCUACAAAGGUGUGCCACCAACUAGCAGUAGCGAUAGACGUAAUGUGCCGUUCCGGACCUUAUCCCAUCAUACGACCCAUUAUAUAAAUAGUGUCGGCCACUCAAUACCUGAGAAUAAAGCAUGUGCAUGUCAAACAAUACAGUCCUUUGGUAACGCCACCUCACGCUACUGCACCACAAUGGUUGGGUUCUCACCGGCAGUAGGUACGGGUGUUUACGCCCUGACAUUCAUCGCGAGUCUACUGACCCUUUGGAUGCUGUAUCGGAAUCUGCCCGUUCUGCUGAUUCGCUACCUCAAGGACAAGGUGCAUACACAGAGCUCCAAAGUUCUAUUUUUAGAUCUGCUGGCAUUGCGGGUAAUCCCAUUCACUCCCAAUUGGGCCCUGAACCUUUGCCUACCGCACCUUGCCGUACCACUGCAUAUCUUCGCCUCCACCGUGUUCAUAGGGCUGUUACCGUACAAUUUCAUCUGUGUCGAAGCAGGCACCAUGGCGACUAAUCUCAGAAACCCGAGCGAUAUGAUCAAAGAUCCGAGCACUCUGCUACGUCUGUGUCUGGUGGGGUUGGCGUUAAUGACGCCCCGGAUCAUCACGAAGUUCAGCCGAUAUAAUAGACCUACACAGCCAUUACUGUGAGAUAUUAAUCAUUUACUGUGUGGGAAUAAGCUUUUGUUGUGAGGGAAUAAGCUUUCCUCCAGAGGUUCUAUGAUAAACAAUCCGAUCAUUAUAUAGCGUUCAUGUUUGGCAGGGUUGACGCUUAUGACAAUCCGAAUUCUCACGUCGCCAUUAUUAUUAUUCUUGUGGAUAUUAAGCUCUUACCAUGAGAUAGUAUAGGCUUGUACUAGACACAACAGUCCUAUGCAGCCUAUACGAGGUGCGUUGAAGUGUUUGCUGCGGCGGGUCAAGCCUUUGCUGGGACGGUUUAAAUCAACACUAGGGCCGUUAAGCCUCUAGUAGUGUUUGAUAUUACACUGGUGUGAGGGAUUACGGUCCGUAUGAGAUGCCACGGCCCAAAGACUUCCAACGAUGAGCUUAGUUAAGUCCAGAACGAAGCACACACUUGAAUAGGAUGGGCAGCAUCUGCUCAAGACUUAAAACCCUACUGAAUGUAACGGUUACAAAAACCAUAUAACCCUGUUGUACAGCAGAGUGGAAACCCUGAAACCCGGCUGUAAACAAGAAAUUAAAAUCUUAAAACCCUG